AUGUACCUAUUAUACUUGAUAUUGCAGCUAUACGCGCAUCUACUCCCAUUCAUCAAUGCUCUACACGCUAUGAUGCGUGAGGAGCUCGCCUCUGCUCUGAAUCUAACCUCGGAGCAGUUGCUGCUGGAUCAAUCCUUCUUGGCCCAGGGCGGCGACUCACUCAGCGCCAUCCAGUUGAUGGCCAGGUGUCGUGCCCAAGGUAUCGAGGCAGAUAUCGUCGACAUCUUGAAGUUUGACACCCUGUCCGAACUUCUCUCUGAGCUCGUCACAAGAACGUCCACAAGCAGCUUAACGAGCGUUCCAUCACCCACCGAGUCUGAGCUGUCAGUCUCGGGGAGAUCAGUUACCGAGAUUAGUACUCUCUUUGCUCAGCUCGAAGCAACCGCGCCGCCCUCUGUUGGUCAUGUCCAAAGCAUUGGACCCUGCUCGUUGAUGCAAAACCGAAUAAUCAUUGGCCAGGCGGUACAUCCAGCUGCCUAUCACUGCAGCUUCAUCCUCACCGCGCGUACACGAGAUCAUAGCCCCCUUUCUACUAAUGAUGUUGCCAAACAUUGGCUGUCUGUCGUCCAGCGACAUCCCAGUCUCCGAACAACCUUUAUUGAGAGCACCGAGCGCCCAGGCACUUUUGACCAGAUUGUUUGGGAUCAAGUACAGCCUAGUGUGACCAUUCUUCAGGAUGAGAAGCAGAUCGAUCAAGCCCAGGCUGUUAACAAUAACACAGCCGAAAUCGGUCACCACAUGUACCUUGCAGAAAUGACGCCGAACAAGGUCAUGCUCAGAUUAAACAUUUCUCAUGCCAUUGUCGAUGGUCGGUCCGCCGGCAUCGUUCUCCGAGAUCUUUGCGAUGCAUUCUCAGGCGAGAUGACUCCCGGUCAGACUCUGCGCCAUGCGGAUUUCGCGAUUGCGGAGGACCAACUCGUUGAUCGCACCACUGAAGACUUUUGGAGGGCUUACCUGCAGGGUGCCGAAGAAACCUACCUCGCAGGAAACAAUGUCACCAACAAAGCCAAGACUGGCCUCCACUCGCUGCAAAGAAAAUUGCACAUAUCUCCCGAAAAGACGCGCAAAUUCUGCCAUGACUACGGUAUCACAGUAGUCAACGUGUGCCAGGUUGCCUGGGGCAUGGUUCUCCGAACUUUUGCUCUCAAAGACGACAUCUCAUAUUCCUACAUCACUUCGGGGAGGCAGACAAAAUUACCAGGAAUGUCUGAGGCUGUUGGACUCUUUAUAAGCAGUCUUGUCUUGCGUAUGGACUUCGCUAGCAACAUCAAAGUUCUAGAUCUGCUUAAAAAUGCGAAUGAAGAUGUGCUCCGACAGAUGCCUCAUGACCGAGGCCUCAGGAAAAGAUCAUCAAAAUGGGGUAAUUCAAUUCUGUCAUUCCAGAGAGCGUGGCAGACAGAAGCGAGCGAGAAAGAUUCGCUUCGCUUUGAGGUGCUGAGACGCCUCAGUCCAACAGAUUACGAUCACUCUCUCAAUGUUGAGAUCGGAGACGACACUAUUAUAGUGGACUACGACAUUUGGAAGUCAACAACCGAUGUCGAUUACGCGAAUAAUAUCCUUAGCGCAUAUCUACGGGCCAUUGAGUUCGUUCUGGGUAAUCCAAAUGCUGAAUUUGGCGAAGGGGAUCUCCUUGGACGGGAAGAUUCGAAGUUAUUACAGCAGAUAAACGGGAUACCGCCAACGCCCAACUCAACCUGUAUCCAUACCAUAGUGGCAGAAGUGACUAGCCGUCAGCCCGAUGCUGUGGCUGUUUUUGCGUGGGACGGCACCAUGACUUUCCGGCAACUCGAUAGGGCCGCAAGUGCCCUUGCGAAUCACCUUUCUAACCUCGGCGUUGGUCCUGAAGUUAUGGUGGGCAUGUCCAUGGAUAAAUCUCGCUUUUCUUCAGUCUCAACACUUGCUAUUCUCAAGGCAGGUGGCGUCGUACUUCCAUUGUCGACUCAACAGCCGCUUGCUCGGCUACAGAUUGUCCUCAAUGACACUCGAGCAAAGAUCAUUCUAGUUGAUGCUGAACAGAAAAAGCGCCUUUCCUCUGAGGAGCUUCCUGGGUUGCACCUUGUUGAGAUUACGACCGGAUUUUUGGAAAGUCUUCCCUCGGUUCCAGACGGCCAAGUAAUUUGUCCUCAAGUUGGCACAAGCAAUGCUGCAUGGGUCGUUUACACAUCUGGUAGCACAGGUGUUCCCAAAGGCGUUGUACUUCAGCAUAGCGCAUUAUGUUCAAGUAUUGAGGCCCAUGGGACGUCAUUCGGCGUUACAUCAAACUCGCGUGUUCUACAAUUUGCCUCGCAUACGUUUGACGUUAUGAUACAAGAGACCUUCACGACUCUCUGUAAAGGGGGCUGUGUAUGUAUUCCUUCAGAACAAGAUAGGCUAAACAACCUGGAACAAGCCAUUAUAUCUAUGGAAGUCAACUUCCUUUCACUAACAUCAACCGUUGCUGGGCUCCUCAAUCCCGCACAUCUUCCCGCGAUUAAGACUGUGAUUUUAAUGGGUGAACCUGUUAAACCUGCUGUUUUAGACCUCUGGAUGCAUCAUGCCGACUGCUACGAGUCAUAUGCACCUUCUGAGUGCAGUAUCUACGCCACUUGUUCUCCUCAGCCGAUGAAAAAUUUGAAAGAAGCACCAGUGCUCGGAGCUCCUCUAUCUAGCUGUUUCUGGGUCGUUGAUCCUAAAAAUUACAAUCACUUGCUUCCUUUCGGGGCACCUGGAGAAUUGCUUAUUGAAGGGCCAUUGCUGGCCCGUGGGUACCUGAAUGACAUUGAAAAAACAAACAAGUCGUUUAUCAUAGACCCUGAUUUCGUUAAACGUCUUGGUCUUGGUUCUGGCCGUCGCAUGUAUCGUACAGGUGAUCUUGUGAAGCGGAACAACAAUGGCACAUACUCAACCCUCGGGAGACGAGAUAUGCAAAUCAACAUUCGAGGGCAGCGUGUCGAAAUUGGUGAAGUCGAAUACCACAUUACUCAGCGAGCCCCUGGAGUGCAAGCUGUCAUUGUGCUUUUGAAGCAUCAUUUCGACAAUGAAAAGCUAGUCGCUGCUUUUAGCUUGGGCGAGGAUGCAGCAACGUACGAUAGCCUGACCGUUGAGGAAGGUGGCGAUGCUAUCGACAAACAAGCCGCAAUGCUUGUCGCCUCAGACCUCCAGCAAUACCUAGCACAGCAUGUCCCAGAUUACAUGAUCCCUCGCACUUGGGUGCCCCUCGCGAAGUUGCCUGUCAACACAUCGGGCAAGGCUGAUCGGCGGGCUGUUUCUACGUGGAUACACGGUCUUAGUGACGAAGAAAUCGCCUUGUUUUCUGAUUUUGAGCAAACACAGACUGAGGAAGACGUGCAAGCAACGACUACUGAACAGAAUAUCCGGCAAAUCUGGAGCAAAGUUUUGAACGUGCCCGUCUCACGCAUCAAGUUCCGGCGAUCCUUCCUCUCCUAUGGAGGUGAUUCAAUCACGGCAAUGCAAGUUGUCUCGGCGUGCCGUCAGCUUGGUAUCUCACUAUCUGUACGACAGGUCUUACAAAGUGGAGGUAUUUCGGUACUUGCGCUGGAAGCCGGAAUGGCGUCGCCGACCAACUCUGCACACAUUCCGGAUGAGCCAUUUGAUCUCUCGCCGGCACAGCUCAUGUACUUUAACGAGAUUGGAGGAUUACGAUCUGACGGUGACUACCGGUACAAUCAGAGCGCCUGCCUUGAGUUGCAGCAGUCAGUGCCCCAGACCAAGAUUGCCGACGCAAUCGAGGCGUUGGUCGCGAAACAUGCCAUGCUACGAGCACGCUUUCAUCACAGCGAGACUAGAGGAUGGCAGCAACGCGUUGAGAAGCAGCUGGCCGAGUCCUAUCACUUCCACACACACGUUUCAAAAGAUGACGAGGCCGCACAGGAGAUUCUACAACAGUCCCAGACUUCGCUCAAUAUCCAAGAUGGUCCCCUAUUCGCUGCUGAUUUGAUCGAGAUUAAAUACCCAGAACGACAAAUCCUCUUCCUGACCGCCCAUCAUCUCGUAAUCGACCUGAUGUCGUGGAGAAUCGUGCUACAAGACCUCGAGCAGCUCCUUCUGGGUGGAACAGCACAUGCUUCCCACUCGAUGCCGUUCCCAGCAUGGUGUGGCGCACUUGCUGAGGAAGUGCGCCACCCCAGCCACGACGAGGUUGUGUCUUCCGUGCCAGACACUGCUUCAACGUGGAAUUACUGGGGCAUCGGACCGGGACAAUAUACGUCGUCAGAGCAAGUCUUUGCCACUUCUGAGAUCGACCAGCAUACAACCGACUUGCUCCUAGGGCCUGAUGUUCACACCGCUAUCCGGUCCACUCCGGUAGACAUCCUUCUUGCUGCACUCAUGAUUUCCUUUCAACAUGCGUUCCCGGACCGUGUGAUUCCCGAAAUUUUCAUCGAGGGGCAUGGACGUAGUGUUCCGAUGGAUCAUGAUUUGUCUGACACAGUUGGAUGGUUCACCACCAUCACUCCACUGGGCGUCAGCCACCAUAAUGAUGACCUUGACAUUGUAUCUGCGGUCAAGCUAGUUAAAGAACUCCGACGAACUAGUGCGGAUCGGCAAGUAUCUGAUUUCGCUAACCAAUAUCUAACUACAGAAGACAGGAAACGAUCUACAUCAUAUAGCACCCGUGAGAUUAUGUUUAACUAUCAUGGGCACUUCCAACAGCUCGAACGUGCCGAGAGCCUUUUCCGCUUGGAUAAACUCCACGCAAAGCUUCAAGAUCCGCAAUCCGCCAUUGCUUCGGUAGGAGGGAGUGUGAAGCUGCAAGCAGCACUAAAUAUCGAAGUAUCUAUCGAAUCUAGAAAGAUGCAGAUGAGAUUAGGCUUCAGUAAAAACUCUCACAGAGGCAAUGAAAUUCGGCAGUGGGUUCAAGACUGUAGCCGGAUGGUUUCUGAGGUAGUGAAUGUGCUCCUUCACACAUCGCCAACUGUUACUAUAAGCGAUUUUCCACUUGCUCGUCUUAACAGCGACCGAGAUCUUGUCACAGUGAAGGAGCAAUGCUUGUUGCCGGCCGGAAUCACGUCGUGGCAGGACGUUCAAGAUAUAUUGCCGUGUUCUCCUAUACAGCAAGGGAUCCUACUCAGUCAGAUGAAGUCGCCUUCUACCUACUGGCUGAAAGAAACUUGUCGUGUGCUUCCUACUUCAAAUUCAAAUAGUGUCGAUAUCGACAGGCUUGCCAAUGCUUGGCGUGUUGUCGUCCAACAACAUUCGAUCAUGCGUACCAUCUUCACUUCAACGCCACUUCAUCAAGAUCGAUUAUACCAAGUGGUACUCGCAUCUCCAAAUGUUACUAUCAAGGUUGUUACUUGCGUCGAAUCUGAAGUGCAGCAGUGUCUAGAGCAACACUCGCUUCGAGAUUAUCAGCCUGGACAGCCGUUACACCAGUUCCUAAUUGUCACGACCACGGGUGGCGAUGUAUAUGGGCAGUUUGAGAUAAGCCAUGCUCUCGUGGAUGCAUCAUCUGUUCAGCUCCUGGUGGAGGCUCUGCUAAGAGCGUAUGAGGCUCCUAAGGCAACAGCAAUUCAGGAAUCAAAUUACAGCACGUACGUCUCUUACCUCGAGCGUCGGUCCGAGGAGGAAGACCUACAAUAUUGGCAGAACUUGCUUGGUUCCGCACAGCCAUGCAAUUUGCAGUCAGAUCAAAACCUUGGCGCACUUUCGAACGAUGCGGAUGAUGCCAUGAAAACACAUUCGCUGAGUGUGAGCGAAGUAAUACAAGAUACGAUGGCUGUGUACAACUUCUGCCAGACGCACAGCGUCACUGUUGCCAACGUUGUCCAGUUAGCCUGGGCGUUAGUUCUAGCAUCGAGGGUUGAUUCAAGAGACCAAAUAUCAUUUGGUUACUUGUCCAGCGGUCGUGACGUGCCUAUCGACGGUGUAGAUGUGCUCAUUGGGCCCAUGAUUAACAUGAUGAUCUGCCACUUUGAUGUUGAGUCUAUGUCUGGGUUGACCUCGUCAGAGGCUGUUCAGGCCGUGCAAAACCGCUUCUUGGAGGGCUUUGAUCACCAGAGAGUUUCUUUGGCCACGCUACAACAUUCUCUCCAACAGUCCUUGUUCAACACUACCAUCUCGUACAGACGGGCGCAGGGUGCAGGUCACACCAAACAAGCAGGGUCGCUACAACUAGAGAGGAUCGAAGUAGACGAAUCUACUGAGUACGACUUUAGUCUAAAUAUAUUGGCAUCAGACACGGGCAUUGAGUUUGAUCUCCAAUACUGGUCUUCAGUUGCAAGUCCAGGAGCAGCUCAAAGCCUAAUUGCUCAACUCAGACACAUCGUGACCCUGAUCUGCAUGAACCCGGCCGUUCGCAUCGGUGAUCUCGAGUUGCUGUCACCCGAAGAUCAGCUAGCCAUCAAAACAAGCAAUAGCAUUGUUCCUGCCGCAACGGAGAACCUCAUCCACACUAUGACCCAUGAUGUUGCAAUUCGCCAACCCGACGCGGUGGCUAUCAAUGCUUGGGAUGGCACAAUGACCUACGCUGAAGUCGAGGAGGCUGCUAGCCGCCUCGCGCACUAUCUUGCUACGUCUUUCGACAUUGGUCCGGAAAUCAAAGUUGGAAUAUGCAUGGAUAAGUCCAUGUGGACUGUGGUGGCAAUGCUGGCAACGCUCAAGGUGGGCGCCGUAGUCUUGCCGUUGUCGACGCAACAGCCACUUGCGAGAUUGCAGCUGGUGUUGAACGAUACACAAGCGCCUAUUAUCCUGGUUGACUCCAAGCAACUAAGCCGUUUAUCAAGUCUCGAUCCCCAUCUCGUUCUAAUGGAUGAGGAGCUGGUAAAGGGUCUUCCUGCUCUCACAACAGAGAGUCUCGGCGCCGAGGUUCGACCUGACAAUGCUGCAUGGAUCGUGUACACAUCUGGCAGCACCGGCAUUCCAAAAGGCGUAGUCCUUCAACAUCACGCAUUAUGCACGAGUCUACUUGCACACGGCACUGCGUUUGGCCUUGAGGCGUCCCACCGUGUCUUACAGUUUGCAUCGCACACUUUCGAUGUGACGAUCCAAGAAGUGUUCACUACGUUCUUCUUUGGCGGAUGUGUAUGCAUCCCAUCCGAAGAGGAUCGACUCAACAACCUAGAACACUCCAUUCUUUCCCUUGGUGUGAAUUUCUUAUCGCUCACGUCGACUGUGGCCGGACUGCUCGAACCACAACAUCUCCCUGCCGUGCGACAGGUCAUUCUUUUAGGAGAGCCAGUCAACCCCCUCGUUCUUGAGAAAUGGCUCAAACACGGAGCUACCGUCCUUGGCGCAUAUGGUCCUUCAGAAUGUAGCAUUCAAGUGACUACAUCAAAGCAGCCCUUUGCACACCGUAAGCAGGCGCCUGUGCUUGGUGUUCCUUUGGCGAGCAAUUUCUGGGUUGUAGACCCAACCGACCCUGACUACGAACGACUUUGUCCAAUUGGAGCUCCGGGUGAGCUUCUCAUUGAAGGUCCGCUGCUCGCCCGAGAGUACCUCAACGACCCAGGAAAGACUGCCAAGUCUUUUGUUGUCGAUCCUGCAUUUUUGAAGCGAUACCAAAUAGGAGGUGGAACUGGGCGACGCAUGUACCGCACUGGCGACUUGGUACGGCAGAAUUAUGAUGGGACCUACACUAUUCUAGGUCGCCGCGACACCCAAAUCAAGAUUCGCGGCCAACGGGUGGAAAUAGGAGAGGUCGAAUAUCACAUUGGCAGGCACUCCUCCGGGGUCCAUGCCGCUGUUGUCCUAUUGCGAGGCAGUAAUCCCGACGAUACGAAGCUCGUGGCGGGCUUCAGCCUCCCAAGUCACGCUGGAUAUAAUAGCACCACUGUGGAGGAAGCUCAAGAUGUUGACAAGCCAGCUGCGAUGCUGGUCGCUUCCGAGGUCCAGCACUACCUGUCACAACAUAUUCCAGUAUACAUGAUUCCACACCUUUGGGUUCCUCUGAAAAAGCUUCCUGUCAAUCAGAAUGGAAAGAUUGACCGCUUGAGUCUAUCAAAAUAUAUCAAUGGUCUGAGCGCCGAGGAGUUGGCUUCGUAUUCUGAUUUCCAGUCCGUCGACCCCCAGGCAGGCGAUGAACAAGAACUUCCCGCGACACCUGUUGAGCGACAGAUUCGUGAAAUUUGGUCCAAGGUGCUGAACGUCAGGAACAUCACCUAUCGCCGUUCUUUCCUGUCAUAUGGCGGUGAUUCGAUUACGGCAAUGCAGGUUGUGUCGGCAUGUCGCAAGUCAGGUCUUACUUUGACUGUCCGUGAGGUCCUGCAGAGCCACGCUAUUUCUGAGCUGGCACUCGUCGCCCGUGACAUAAAGAAGCCCGCUCUUCUUGGCGAGCAGCUCCUCAGAGCCACUGAGAUUCCCGAUGGGCCGUUUGAUCUUUCACCAGCUCAGAGCAUGUAUUUCAAGGAUAUCGCCUUAGAUGGGUUGCAAUCUCGAGGAGAUUAUCGUUUCAAUCAGAGUGUUGUUUUCCAACUUCAAGAGCCAGUCCAACAGCAGGCCAAGGUAGCUCGUGCAAUCGAAGUCUUAGUUUCCAAGCAUGCCAUGCUACGUGCCCGCUUCCAAGCCAAGACUGGUGACAAGAAAGGCUGGCAGCAACGCAUCAACAAUAAUCUCGUCGGGUCAUACCACUUCCAGACUCAUGUUCUGCCAGAUGACGAGGAGGCACGAGCAAUAAUUCGAUCGUCGCAGGCCUCACUAGACAUUGAGCACGGCCCCGUCUUCGCCGCAGAUUUCAUUGAACUUCCUGACCGCCAGCUUAUCUUCUUGACUGCCCAUCAUUUGGUUAUCGAUUUGAUGUCUUGGAGAAUCAUUACCCAAGAUCUCGAGCAUCUGCUUAGGGAUGGCACUACUACAUCGGCAUCAGAAUCCCUCAGCUUCCCUUCGUGGUGUGCCGUGCUAUUACAACAAGCGCAACAGCGUUACGAUCAUGACAAGGGUGCUAUGACAGUCCCAGAUAUCUUAGAGAUAGCAGACCAUGUACCCUCUUGGGACUACUGGGGAAUCAAGCGUGGCCAGUACAUAUGGGCAGACCAAGCUUUUGCGACGGCAACUGUAGAUAAACUAACCACCAGUCUACUCCUUGGAUCGGCAAAUCAAGCACUCCGAACCUCGCCAGCAGACAUCUUGAUGGCUGCUCUUUAUGUCUCGUUCCGCAAAGUCUUUACCGAUCGAUCGGGUCCAUCCAUCUUUAUCGAAGGUCACGGCCGUGGCGGUGAUGCCUCGUAUUAUGACUUGUCGGAGACGGUGGGAUGGUUGACCACCAUCACGCAGCUACGCCUUUCCCAUAACCAAGAGCAAGACGGCGCGAGCGCAGUGCCUCUGGUGAAGCAAGUCAAGGAUGUCCGCAAGCUUGACAUGGAGGGUCAGGCUCUUGCAUUUGCCUCGCAGUAUAUGCUCCAGGAUAAUGUUGCCGAUAGAGUAGGUCCCAUUGAGGUUCUCUUCAAUUUCCACGGUCAAUUCCAGCAGCUUGAACGCCAGGGUGGCUUGCUUCGCUUCGAUAGACUCCAUCAACCAGGCGGACAAUCCGAUAUAUCCUCAACUGGAGGUAAGGUCAAAAUGCAGGCGGCACUGAACGUCGAGAUUUCGGUUGAGGACGGCCAAGCUCAGAUUAGCAUUGGAUUCAGCAAACACUCUCCCAAACAGGACGCUAUCCGUCAAUGGUGUUCAGAAUACAGUGAAGCCAUCGUCGCGACUGUUACUGAACUAAGCAAUACCAUCCCAACGGCUACCGCGAGCGAUUUCCCACUCGCCCAUCUCACCAACCCUGACCUCGCCCUAGUGAAGCAACGGUGUCUCGACCCAGUCGGUGUUGCUUGGGAAGAUGUCGAGGAUGUCCUACCAUGCUCUCCCGUCCAGCAGGGCAUUCUGCUCAGUCAGCUUAAAGCGCCUUCGUCCUACCUUUUGAAGCAAACCUGCCGGAUCUUACCGGGUUCCAACACAAUCACGGGCCAGAUAGACACUAGUCGAUUAGCAACGGCCUGGAACCACGUCAUACAACAGCAUUCAAUCAUGCGCACCAUCUUUACUAGGGCGCUGCUGCACCAGGAUCGCUUCUACCAGAUCGUACUAAAGUCUGCAGAGGUUGAGGUUCACACCAUUGAAUGUACUACAGAUACCGACGUUCAAGAAUGCGUCGAGAGACUUGCGGCUCAUAGUGGAACUCACCCUGGUCGACCACAGCAUCAAUUUACGAUCAUAAAAACCACCAAAGAGGGCCAUGUCUACGGCCACUUUGAGAUUAGUCAUGCACUUGUCGAUGCCUCCUCGGUGCAGAUCCUUAUCGCAUCCAUGUUACAGGCAUAUGAAGGCGUUGCUAUCAUCCCACCUUCAAAUUACGGUUCAUAUGUGUCUUACCUUGAAGAGGCCAGCUCCGAGGAGGAAGACCUACGCUACUGGCAAGGCCUACUUGCUACAGCGGAGCCUUGUAACCUGCAGCUGAACCAGGCACCUUUUGCAGAAGUUAUAGAGGUAGAGGAGGAAACCGAACCGGUCGUGGCUGUAGUCUUGCAAGACCUUUCAGAACUCCAAAACUUUUGCCGGACUCAUAGUGUCACACCUGCCAACAUUUUCCAGUUGGCAUGGUCAAUCGUGCUCGGGUCCCGUAUGGAUUCCCCCCAGAUAUCCUUCGGUUACCUUUCAAGCGGAAGAGAUGUUCCUAUCGACGGCGUAGACACGCUUGUCGGACCAAUGAUCAACAUGAUGAUCUGCCACCUCGAGCUGGAUUACGAUAUGACACCAUCCAAAGCGGCCCAACAAGUCCAGAACCAGUUUCUCAAAGGCUUCGAUCACCAACGCGCACCUUUAGCUGCUAUCCAGCACUCUCUGCAUGCAUCACAGCAAAACCUGUUCAACACCACCCUGUCAUAUCGACGAGCCGCUGCCGAUAGCGCCGGCCAUGGACAGUCAAUCCAGCUUCAACAGGUCGAUGCAGCAGAAUCUACGGAUUAUGAUUUCAAUUUAAGCGUCAAUGCUGCAGACUCUAGCAUUGAGUUAGUCAUCCAGUAUUUGCCAACGGCCGCCAACAAGGGCGCAGCCCAUCGGCUGUUGUGCCAGCUGAAACAUGUCAUCGGAGCACUCUGCAGCACCGUCAACGCAGACACGCCUCUGGGCGACCUCGAGCUUAUCUCCCAAGAAGAUGAGAAGCAAAUCAGCAACACUAACUCCCAGGUACCUGCUGCAGUGGAGACUUGUAUCCAUUCGCUUUUCCAAGAGAUGGCAGCCUCUCAGCCAUCAGCCGAAGCCAUAUACGCAUGGGACGGCACAAUGACAUACCAAGCACUCGAUGAGGCGGCCAGCAGGUUGGCAUAUCAUCUCACUGGUCUUGGUAUCGGCCCGGAAAUUAUGGUUGGCAUGUGUAUGGACAAGUCUCGCUGGGCAGCAGUGUCCACACUAGCAACGCUGAAAGCAGGCGGCGUAGUCCUACCAUUGGCGACACAACAGCCUCUGACGCGACUAAACAUGGUCUUGGAGGAUACGAAAGCACCCAUCGUCCUCGUCGACGCUGCGCAGCAGGAACGAUUAGCCGGUGUUGGGCCCCAACUGAUUAAGGUUGACUCAGUGCUGCUCGACACACUUCCUGCUCCUCCCACAAAUCGACCUCUUUGCCCCCAAGUCGACACCAAUAAUGCUGCCUGGGUAGUGUACACAUCUGGCAGUACAGGCCAACCCAAAGGAGUCGUUCUCCAGCAUCGUGCCUUGUGCUCGAGUAUUCAAUCACAUGGUGCGGCUUUCGGUGUUGGGAGACGCUCUCGCGUCUUGCAGUUUGCCUCUCACACGUUUGAUGUGACAAUCCAAGAGAUGUUUACCACGCUAUGUCGCGGCGGGUGUGUAUGCAUCCCGUCCGAAGACCAGAGACUGAACCAUUUAGAACAGGCAACUCUCGAUAUGGGCGUUAACUUCCUAUCCUUAACCUCGACUGUGGCCGGACUUUUAAGUCCAGCAAGACUGCACGCUGUCAAAACUGUCAUCCUUAUGGGAGAGCCAGUCAAGCCUGCUGUCGUUGACUUGUGGAAGGAUCAGGCGACGGUGCUCGAAUCUUACGCGCCUUCAGAGUGCAGUAUUUACGCAACCUGCUCGCCUCGAUCCAUGACAAACCACAAGCAGGUUCCUGUUCUUGGUGUUCCUCUGUCAAGUUGUUUCUGGGUCGUCGACACCAAGGAUUACAAUCGAUUAUGCCCCAUCGGAGCUCCAGGUGAACUUCUUAUUGAGGGACCUCUUCUCGCCCGGGGGUACCUAAAUGAUCCUGUCAAGACCGACAAGUCCUUUGUGACUGAUCCUAGCUUCCUUGCUCGCUGCGGACUCGACGGCAAGUCUGGCCGGCGUAUGUACCGAACCGGAGAUCUGGUACGCCAAAAUGAGGAUGGCACUUAUACCACACUUGGACGCCGCGACAUGCAGGUCAAGAUCUGGGGUCAGCGUGUGGAGACGGGUGAGAUUGAGUACUGGGUGGUACGAUCACGACCUGAAAUCCGCACCGCUGCAGCCAUGCUCGCUCAACUUGGCACUUCCCGAGACCAAGGCGUACUUGCCGUGGCCGUAGAUUUCACAGAUGAAGUCCUGGAUGAGAUGAAGGCGGAUGCGGACGGCUUCCUAGAGCCUUCUCCAAGCCUCUUGGAUACAUUUGAAGAAAUCCGCAACAGCUUAAUGGGGGUCCUGCCCCGUUAUAUGGUCCCAGAGUUAUUUGUACCCAUGGCGAGCUUGCCCCUCAAUUCGUCUGGAAAAUUGGACCGACGCGCGAUCCAGGGAGCCAUUUCUUCACUGAGUAGCCAGGGCAAGCUGGAGAGCUACCUCCCCAGCACAGGCAUCAAAACAGAAGUGUCGAGCGCGACUGCAAGAGAGCUUCGAAGUCUUUGGGCUAAGGUCUUGGGCCGACCAGAGAAUACCAUCGGAGCCAACGACAACUUCUUCCACACUGGCGGCGACUCGUUGAUGGCCAUGAGACUAGUGCAGUAUUCUCGCGACGCCUCAUUUUCACUAACAGUUGCUCAAGUCUUUGCACAUCCGCGCCUAGAGGACCUUGCAGGAGUCCUAGAGAAGUCAUCAAGCACCGAUGUACUAGACCAAGGUCAAGGACAUGGCGAUCCACCUCCUUUCUCACUAUGGUCAGAAGUUCAUACGCUCGAGAAGCCAGAUGAAUUGCAAUCUCUCCUUGCAGACGUGGCCGAACGAUGCGGCUUAACUGUAGCGCAGAUAGAGGAUGUCUAUCCCUGCACACCACUGCAGGAAGGUCUGAUGAUUGCAACUGCUCGUCGAUCCACAGCGUAUGUUGGUCGCCAAAUGUUUACUCUUGACGAAAAAGUGGAUGAAAAUAGGCUGCAGGUCGCAUGGCAACAAGUGACCGCAGUUGCGCCAAUUCUUCGAACAAGAAUUGUCCUCGGACGAAGCUCCGGGUCGUUACAAGUUGUAGUCAAGGAUACCGUCAACAUUCCAUGGCACACAAGUAAUUCAUUAGACGCCUAUCUUGACAAGGAUCGCGCCAUGGGGAUGGCAGACGGCCAGCCACUAAUGCGACUCGGAUACGUGGAGGCUUCAUCCUCUUCCAGGAGAAAGCGAUACCUAGUGUGGACUGCACACCACGCCAUAUACGAUGGCUACAGCAUGCAAAUGCUGUUCCAACAGGUCGCAGCAGCCUACCAGCAACAGACUCUGCCUCCCACGGUGCCCUUCUCGCGCUUCAUAGGAUACCUUGGUAAUAACGCCAACAAUGAUGAGGCUGCAAGCUUCUGGCGAGCUCAAUUGUCAGGGAGCGAGGUGACUGCUGGCUUCCCAUUACUCCCUCACCCCAACUACCAGCCGAGGCCGACACAACUACAGAAGCGACAAUUACAGUUGGGCCAGCAUCAGAAUCCUCAUGUGGCAGCCUUACUGCGCGCAGCGUGGGCCAUGGUUAUUGCCCAGUAUGCUGGCGGUCUUGAUGAAGUACUUUUUGCAGUCGCACUUUCUGGUCGCAACGCUGCUGUCGCUGGGAUAAUGGACAUGCUAGCCCCGACAGUUACAACUGUGCCUUUGAGAAUUCAUGUUGAUUCCAGCUCAGGCGUGGGCGAGUUUCUCGACAAGGUGAAGCAACAGGCCAUUGAAAUGAUGCCCUUUGAGCACACGGGUCUGCAGCGCAUCAAGCAGCAUGUGCCAGACCUUGUACCAGCCCUUGACUUGCACCAUGUUUUCAUUGUUCAGCCAUCACUAAGCGGAGCUGAGAGUGGCUCCGAUGGUCUUCCUGAAUUAGUGCAACAACCUCUAGCAUCUGAGCCUUUCCAUACCUCUGCGCUGACCGUGGAGUGCAUCAUGACCAAAGAUCCUAGUCGAGUCACAGUCGAAGCUCGUUUUGAUCCAGCCGUCGUAUCGCCCCAGGCCAUGAAUCGAAUUCUCGAAUCUUUUGCCCAUGUCGCUGCUCAGCUCUCUCAAGCUGAGCCGCACCUGCGGAUUAGCGAUAUCCAGACCUUGGCUCCAUCAGAUGUAAGCCGUAUCCGAGUAAAGAACACACAGAUGCCACCGAGACCAGAAGGGUGCCUACAUGACGGUAUCCUAGCCAAGGCACUAGAACAGCCCUUUGCCGAGGCUGUGUGCGCUUGGGACGGUAAUUUGACCUACGCAGAACUAGACCGAUGGUCUGCCCGACUUGCAAAUCAUUUGGUGGACAUAGGCGUCGCGCCUGAAUCCAACGUGGGACUCUCCAUGGCCAAGUCCAAAUGGGCCGUGGUUGUUAUGCUUGCCAUCCUACGAGCAGGGGCAACAAUAGUGCCUCUUGGUAUCCAGCUUCCUCCCACACGCAUUGAAGGCAUCAUGCGCGACGCCGAAGUCCGAUUUGUGGUUGCCGAUGAGCAGCAGGCGGUCCGUUUAACAGAUAAGGGAACCCACAUCGUCACUCUCGGAUCCACAUUAUUAGAUGACCUUGCCUCAAAUUGCAGCUCAUCGUUCACCACGCGACAACCCAAGCCAGUCGCUGGUGCUUUCAUCAUCUAUACAUCUGGCAGCACAGGUGUGCCAAAGGGCGUUGUUCUUGAGCAUGGUGCUCUAUCGGCGAGCGCCCAAGCUCAUGGAGCAGCCUUUGGUCUAGAUGCUAGCUCACGUGUCUUGCAGUUUGCUGCCUACACUUUUGAUGUGUCGAUACAGGAGAAUUUUACUACUCUUCACUACGGCGGUUGUGUGUGUGUGCCUUCGGAAGACGACCGUAUGAACAACCUCGAAGGGUACAUAACAGCAACGGGUGUCAACUUCAUGUCCCUGACAUCGACUGUGGCAGAAUUUUUGGACCCAAUCAAUAUUCCAACUGUCGAAACUCUAGUUCUUCUUGGCGAGCCUGUGACUCCAACGGUCGUGGACCUCUGGUCGGGCCAUGCAUCCGUAUUAAACGCCUAUGGGCCGGCAGAAUGUUCAAUCCAUUCUACUUGCUCAUCCCCUCUCAUCCACCGGAAGCACGCAUCACAGAUAGGACGGCCUCUACCAGGGUUAUGCUUUUGGGUUGCGGAUCCACGCGACUAUAAUCGGCUCUGUCCACCUGGUGUUGCGGGCGAACUACUCAUCGAAGGUCAUUUCCUCGCUCGCGGAUACCUCAACGACCCGGCCAAAACAACGACUUCGUUUGUUAUCGAUCCCGAAUUUGUUCAGCAAUAUGACCUUGGUCGCAAUCGCCGCAUGUACCGCACAGGCGAUCUCGUUCAGCAAAAUGACGAUGGCACAUACAAUAUGCUUGGUCGAAGGGAUACGCAGGUCAAGAUACGAGGUCAGCGAGUAGAAUUGGGCGAGAUUGAAUACUGGGUGCUGCGAUGUCUGCCGCAUGUUCGUCGCGCAGCCGUAACUCUGAUUCCCUCCAGGGGGGGUGCUGGUCGCCGGGAAGGGACUCUCGCCGUGGCGAUAGAAUUCGACAAAGAGGGUUUGGACGGGAUUGUGCCUGACGAGUUAUCAAAUAGUCUUCUAGACGUGGCAGGAUCCGAAAAACUCCAGGGCCUUUUCCAACAGCUGUGCAGCAAAUUGAGGGAGGUUGUACCGAGGUACAUGGUGCCGGACCUUUAUAUACCAAUGGCAACAUUACCACUCAACAACUCGGGGAAACUCGACCGUAAAGUCAUUCGUCAAACGCUUGCGAGCAUGACAGACCAGGUUCUCGAGACUUAUCGUCCCAAGCAUGAAACCAGGCCAAAGGCAGAAGAGGCGCUUCCAGAGGUUGCACAGGAACUUGCUCAAAUGUGGUCCACUAUUCUGGGAAAGCCCGUUGAUACAAUUGAGCUUGAGGAUAAUUUUUUCACUCUUGGCGCGGACUCCAUGUCAGCAAUGCAGCUCGUUUCAGCGGCAAAAUCAGCCGGCAUGGACUUGACGGUGACUCAAGUAUUCCAAAACCCUGUCCUGCGCAAUCUUUGCAAGCACGUGGAGCGAAAUGCUUCUGCUCGUUUGACGAGUGUAAAUGGUACGAACCAAAAAGAUAGUAACCGCGAAGAACAGGUGGUGGUGUUGGACGUUACGGCACAGGAUGCAAUCAAAGCUAGCCUGCCAAACCAUAAGGUGGGGACCAUCAUCGAGACUACUGACUUCCAAACUCUCGCCAUAUCUGAACACACACUCCCUGAAGGCAAUGGCGGUCUUGUUAUGUAUAUGACGAUGGCAUUUGAUCGGAAGGUCGACAAAUCCGCCGUCCGUGCGGCCUAUCAACACGCCGUCGACACAACCGAGAUGAUGCGAGCGACCUUUGUGCAAUAUCAUGGUCGUACGUACCAGGCGAUUCUCGAUGGCUUCACCGGCCCAUUCCAAGAAGAAUAUGUGUCUGGUUCAGAGAAUCUGGUAGACUUCUGCCAGUUGCUCAUCCAGAACGAGCGACUCAAAGCGCUACCCUUUAACGAGCCACCGCUCAAAGCCUGGUUUGUGCAGGGAGCAUCCAGGGACACGUUAAUCAUUCGGCUGUCGCAUGCGCAGUACGACGGCCUCUCACUUCCACUACUGCUACAACAGCUCGAUGGGGCUUACACAAACAACAAAUCUGGUAGCAGUCAAAUGUCUCACUUUAUCAACGCUCUCCGAUCCUUGGACAAAGAAUCUGCUACCGAUUACUGGCGCGGACUCCUUCAUCAAUCGAUCAUGCCUGUUCUGCCUGGAACAAGACCACGUCCUGCCGCAGGUUUGAAAAGGGAGACAUUGAUGGCAGGGAACGCCAUUAGAUCAGUCGUCCCUGCUUUCAAGCACCGUCGCGCCGGGGCCACUCCAGCCGCAUACGUCAAGGCGGCAUAUGCAAUGGCCCUCUCCAAGCUGACCGCGACAACCGAUAUCGUAUUUGGUCAUCUCGUCUCGGGUAGAUCAUCGCCCAUUAACGGCAUCGAGCAAGUGAUUGGGCCCUGUGUCAAUUUUGUUCCGAUCCGGGUUGAUGCCUCGUCCGCCGAAUGGGAGACGGUGCUCACCCAGGUCCAAGCCCAGCAGGUCUCGACUCUGCCACACGAACACCUCGGGUUCGAAACUAUCUUUAGAGAAUGCACCAGUUGGUCACUCGUCAAUGGCGACCAUAGCGAGCAUAGCCUCAAUCAGAGUCGUCCCAGGUUUAGUACCAUCCUACAAUACCAGAACCAGUCUCUUGAUGCGAGCCACACUAUUAGAAUGUAUGGCGCAGAAUGCCGGAUAGCUUACGAAGCAACACCGGCCAAUAUUACGGAUAUCUGGGUCAUUGUUGAGCCCCAAGGAAAUGGUGAUGAGCUGCAUAUUGUUGCUGGGUAUUUUGAGGAAGUGAUUGAUUCGGCGACAGUGCAGCGCCUGGUGGAUUAUCUUGUAGAGGCCAUGAGAGUUAUGCAAGAAGGCAAAAUUAUAAAUUCGUAA